AUGACCUCCAUUUCGAUAUCCAAAGCCGAACGAUCCUACAUACAGGCAGGCGUGCUCGGAAAUCCACCUUCACGCGCAGAUACCCGAUCUCUGACGGAUUUUCGUACCAUUUCGCUCGAAACUGGCGUUGCACCUCUCGCGAACGGAAGUGCUCGCCUUAGCAUUGGACGCAAGCCCCACGGCGGUUCAGGAGGCACAGAGAUCCUUGCGGCAACGAAGCUUGAAGUAGAAUCUAUUCGUCCAGGGAGCGAGGGUGUCGAAGGUGGUCGCGUAGCUUGUACCGUUACCUGCUCCCCUGCUGCCUAUUCCCAUCUUUCCUCAAACGCGCUCGACGACCUGCAAUAUGACCUUACUACUGUCAUUUCGACCACCCUCACACAUGCAUCACUACAUCCGUCAAAUCUAGCCAUCCUACGAGGGAAAAAGGCCUGGCUCCUCAACCUUGAUCUUGUUGUUCUUGCGGAUGCGGGGAACGUAUUCGACGCCUUAUUUAUGGCUGCCCGCGCAGCCCUGUGCGACACGAAAGUACCACGAACGCGAAACGUCGAAUACAAAGCGCGUAAGGGCACAUCGAGUGUGGUUGGUUCCCUAGCUGCUUCUGGAGAAUCGUGGAAAGGCGAUAUGGAUCUGGACGAAGAGGGAGGUAGUGGGUUCGAUACACGGUCGAUCCAGCAGCAGGCGACAGACUUCGAACUACCUGACUACUGGGACGAAGGCGAACCCCUCGAUGGCCAGUCGCGAUGGCCUAUUUGCGUCACCUUGAAUAUUGUACCGCCGGUCCACUUCCUUGAUGCCACCUCGCAAGAAGAAGCUGCAACACAGGCCCGGCUGCUACUGAUGUUCGCAUUCGAAUCUGAGGGAUCGACCAGCCUGCAAGGCAUGCGCACUUUGGGGAGUGGAGAAUUUACGCUACCUCAAACGACCGACUUUAUCAAGGAGGGCGAAAAAUACGCGAAACAAAUAUGGAAUUCCCUCAACGCGAAAUUAAAAGACGAGGGCAUCGCGAAGCUGAAGGAAAGGACUAAAUUCUGA